UUUUCCCUCUUUCGAGAAAAUUUUAUUAGCAAAGAUAAUAGAUCGAAGUUAUCGUGCGGAGCGCGGCCGGUCUGUCCGACCUUCCUUCCGAUCUGGUUUUGCGCUAGAAUUAGCGAUGCGGGGCGUUCCCGCCGCCCUCUCCUCAGCCGGUGGGAUUAGCCUCUCUGUCUCCGGGCUGACAAAACGAUGCUCCAAGACGCUGUCGUUCUCCCGCCACCACAUCCCAUCGCCGACUUGUUUCUCCACUAACUCUUCCCCAGGCGAUUCCUCAGCUUCCAAGCCCUGGCUCCUGGUUGGCCUCGGAAAUCCGGGAAAAAGUUACCAGGGGACACGACAUAACGUGGGCUUUGAAAUGAUAAAUGCAAUAGCUGAAGCUGAAGGGAUAUCAGUGACCAACAUACAUUGUAAAGCAUUACUAGGAAAAGGUUGCAUUGGAGAUGUUCCUGUCAUGCUGGCUAAACCACAAACUUUUAUGAAUUUAAGUGGUGAGUCUGUUGGAUCACUUGUUUCAUAUUUCAAAAUACCACUGAAUCAAGUACUCCUGAUGUAUGAUGAUCUAGAUUUACCUUUUGCAAAGUUGAGGCUAUUACCAAAAGGUGGGCAUGGAGGACAGAAUGGAAUGAGAAGUGUGAUUAACCAUCUAAAGGGAAGUCGAGACUUUCCACGUCUAAGAAUAGGCAUUGGAAGGCCACCAGGAAAGAUGGACCCUGCUGUUUUUGUUCUAAAACCCUUCACCAAGAAAGAAAGAGAAGAGAUGGACUUCACUCUUCAAAGAGGAGUAGAAGCUGUGAGGAUUUUAUUGCUCCAUGGUUUUAAUAAAAGUGCUUCUUUUGUUAAUACUCCUCGGCCAUCAGAACUCUUGAACUAACUACUAUAUCCGUUAAUUCUCCCCUUCCGUUUUGCUCAUUGUUCUUCAGGUAAGCGGUUUAGUAUUCUUUUUAAUAACAUAUAUUGGUGAUGGUGGAAAUGUAACUUAAUUUUGACUGCAAUAUUUUUUGAAUUAUCUAUACCAGAUUAAGAUGUGAGUAAAGAAUAUAAAUCUCUUUGUAUUUUUCAUAUUUUUUUAAUCUAUCAAUUUUCUAUUAUGAAGUAGUUUUUUA